UCAGCUCGGGACGAGGCAGUUUCCCAUUGCAUUUCCUCAUCUGGAGCCUUCCGCCUCAACCCUCCUGUAUGGUGGAUAUUCUACCCCAUCCUUCUUUCUUGGGUGAUAUGGGGGAUCAUUCAAAAAAGAAGUCUGGAAUCGCCAUGUGUGUCGGCUGUGGAAGUCAGAUCCACGAUCAGUACAUCCUGCGAGUGUCCCCGGACCUGGAGUGGCACGCAGCCUGUCUGAAGUGCGCAGAAUGCAGUCAGUACCUGGACGAGACGUGCACUUGCUUCGUCCGAGACGGCAAGACUUAUUGCAAAAGAGAUUACGUACGGUUAUUCGGGAUCAAAUGCGCCAAAUGUAACACCGGUUUCUGCAGCAGUGACCUGGUGAUGAGGGCCCGGGAUAACGUCUAUCACAUGGAGUGUUUCAGAUGCUCGGUGUGCAGCAGGCAUUUGCUCCCGGGAGAUGAGUUCUCUCUGCGGGACGAGGAGCUGCUCUGCCGGGCGGACCACGGGCUGCUGCUGGAGCGCGCUGCAGCCGGGAGCCCCAUCAGUCCCGGAAACAUUCACCCCAACAGGCCCCUGCACAUCCCAGGUAAACCUGUGCCAGUUCGACAGCCAGCUCACCGGAACCACGUUCAUAAGCAGUCUGAGAAGACCACGCGUGUGCGGACAGUAUUAAACGAAAAGCAGCUCCACACUCUCCGGACGUGUUAUAACGCAAACCCGCGUCCGGACGCGCUAAUGAAAGAACAGCUCGUGGAAAUGACCGGCCUGAGCCCACGCGUUAUACGAGUGUGGUUUCAAAACAAACGCUGCAAAGACAAGAAGAGGUCCAUUUUUAUGAAACAACUACAGCAACAGCAACACAGCGACAAAACGAAUCUUCAGGGUCUCACGGGAACGCCUCUGGUGGCAGGCAGCCCGAUUAGACAUGACACCACAGUCCAGGGAAAUCCUGUAGAAGUUCAAACCUAUCAGCCUCCGUGGAAAGCCUUAAGCGAAUUUGCCUUACAGAGUGACCUGGACCAGCCUGCUUUCCAACAGCUGGUGUCAUUUUCCGAGUCGGGUUCGCUGGGUAACUCGUCUGGUAGUGAUGUGACCUCUCUGUCAUCGCAGUUACCCGACACCCCCAACAGCAUGGUGCCCAGUCCCGUGGAGACGUGAGAGCCCACCGGAGGACUCCUGCCCCAGCAUGCCCUCACUCGCCCUGCAUGAAAACCCAUCACCUCACCGCCUCAAACGGAAAAAGGGAUUAACCGAGAUGGAUUUAAACAGUUUGCCAAACGGAGGAGCCUGUCCAAGCGACUUUGGGGUUUCCAGACGUGUUACAAAACUGUUUUGAAAGCAUUUGGACGGUAUAUCGUGGACGUCCAGCGGAAUAUGAACACGUUAUUUUGGUUUUGAUUAUGGAUCACUGUCAACCUUACGAAACAACAGUCUUAACAGUGUUUAUUCAAGACCAUCAUUGUGUAGCUUUAUCAGCAAGUGGUAUUUUCCUUAGAAGACAAAAAUCAACUUUUUGUCUUAAUGCGCAUGAUCUCUCCGAUGUAUAAAAACUGAGCUGUAAAAUAUUUUAAAGUAACGAAAGGAGGAAGGAUUGUAUAAACUUCUCGAUUUAGAAAAGUAAGUUAUUGUUAUUUAUUGUCAGGACAACCGUCCAUACCAAAAAUUGAGAAAUUGCCUAAAUAAACGACGUUAAAUGCUGUUUAUGUCUGAGGAA